AUGAGGUCGACCGCUGCUACUCGAAAGGGCCAUCUUCAGAACACCAAAGCGGUUCAACUACCUGACCAUUACCGGAGACUACACCCGCAGGGAAGACUGUGUAAGAACAAGAUGGAUAAGAACGACAGCGAUCGAAGCCCUCCAGACCCUCCCAAUGCAACCAGCAACCAUGAUCCAAUUGAGGCACUUGAGCCUAGCACGGCAAGCCACAUUUACCCAAAUCUGCAGGACCCCAAAGGACGUCCUUGGUGGAAGGGUGUAGUGGCUUACCAAGUAUGGCCUAUGUCUUUCAAAGACACCAAUGCUGAUGGUAUUGGCGAUAUCCGAGGCAUUAUUGCCAAGCUUGACUACCUCAAGGACUUUGGGGUCGACGUGAUCUGGGUCUCGCCGACGUACAAAUCGCCUCUCGACGACUGGGGCUAUGAUAUCGCCGAUUACGAAGACAUGGACCCAAGAUUCGGCACUCUCGAAGACAUGGAAACGCUCAUCAAAGAAGUUCACGCUCGUGGUAUGAAGAUCUUGCUUGAUCUCGUCAUCACCCACACGAGUGACCAGCACGCUUGGUUCAAGGAGAGCCGGAAGUCGCGAGAUAAUCCAAAGGCGAAUUGGUAUAUGUGGGCGGACAAGCGUCCCAGCAACAUGAUAAAUGGGGAGCUGGUCGAAGAACCUUCAAAUUGGCGCGCGGCUUUUGGUGGUAGUGCGUGGGAAUGGGCAGAAGAACGUGAGCAGUACUAUAUACACCUGUUUCUGCCCUCCCAGCCAGAUCUCAACUGGGAAGACGCUGAGAUGCGUGAAGCUAUAUACCAGUCGGCAGUCAAGUUCUGGCUAGAUCGUGGCGUCGAUGGCUUCCGCUUGGACACGGCGAAUCGCUUCUGCAAGGAUACUACCUAUCCGGACGUCGAAGUUACAGUGCCUGGAAGAUGGCAGCCCGGUAGCAAAUACUACAUGAACGGACCAAAGAUGCACGAGUGGCUCCAGGAGAUCCGCGCCAAGAUCGACCGUGAUGCUCCUGGGAGAGACAUCAUGAUUGUUGGUGAGCUGCCUCUGACUCCUCACGAAGAGAUCCUGCGCUACGUCAAGCCGGAGGAGAAGCAGCUCAGCAUGGUAUUCGACUUUGACAUGGUCAAGCUGGGUAAUAACGACAACCCCGACGAGUAUGCUAAGCAUGAGGUUGCCAACUACAUGGAUAAGAAUCCAAGCUACACCUUGCCUCUGUUCAAGAAGGCCGUGCAGAAGGUGCAAGCUCUGAUCACAGACACCAAUGCCUGGGCAACAGUCUUCAUGGAAUGCCACGAUCAGCCGCGCAGUAUCGCCAGAUACGCUACUCCCGAGCACAGGUACUGGCGAGAGGCUGGCAAACUUCUCGCACUUCUACAAACCACGCUGUCGGGAACUGAGUUCAUCUAUCAAGGCCAAGAGAUGGGGAUGAUGAACAUGCCCGAGAACUGGGGCCAUACCGAAUUCAAAGAUCCCGACGCCAUCACUUACUUGAAGGACUAUGUCGACCUCCACCCACAGGAGCGUGACGCCUGGCAGACUGCGCUCAAAGGUAUCUUCAAAGUCGGCCGAGACAACUCACGUACGCCAGUGCAAUGGAACGGCGAAGCCAACGCCGGCUUCGCAGACGCGGUCCCCCCGUGGAUGAAAGUGAACGACAACUACCACUGGCUCAAUCUGGAGAAGCAAAAGGCCGACCCCGAGAGUAUCUGGAACUUCUGGAAGAAAAUGAUCGCGAAUCGAAAGAAGUACCGAGAGCUAUUCAUGUUCGGCACCUUUGCCCUGUACGACUUCGACAACGAGCAGACGUUCACAUAUACCAAGAUGGCAGUGGACGGGCAGACGGCACUGGUCAUCUUGAACUUCUCCAACGAGCACUUGCCCCUAAACACGCCGCAACGCCAUUUGCUCGGGCACACGUACACUCUGUUGGCCAGCACACAGCCGGAGCCCAAGGAGAAGCUCAAGCCUUGGGAGGGCCGGGUGUAUGUGGUUCGCGAUGGCUUGCAGCCCGUGGAGAAUAGUGCGCCGGUCAACGUUGGACAAGUGCAGGACAUCUCACCCUCCGCUGCCAGCCAUGCGAUUGUCGGUGCCCGCCCGGCCUCGUCGGACCUGCAGGGUUAUUGUUGCGAUUACCAUCGGCGGCAGUUUAUUGCGGCUACGACUCCGACGGCGAGCCCGACGAGUUGA